AGGUAAGCAGUCGAUCGGUCGAACACCCAAAGCGAUAAAACCCAAGAAGGGAUUUAUAGACUCCACGACACAACCACCCCACGAAAGAAGAAAGAAAACUAUUCUCCCUAUCGUUCUCUUCCCCAAAUUCAAACGGUAAGCUACUCUUCUGCCUGCUGUUUACUUACGAUUUAUUUUGUUGAUCAAUAAUUCUUGGGUCUCUGUGAUUCUACCAUAUAAGAUUCUCACUGCUAUUGGGUCAAUAAGGAAUGGGCUCUUUUUCAUUAAUUUCCAGCAGUAGAGUAAUUUACCCUCAUAGUUCUUGCUCAAACCAGCCUUUAAGUUCAUUUAAUGGAGGAAAACCGAGAAUUGAAGUAGAUAAGCUCUUACCCUUGUGGAAAUUCCACAGAAAUCUCUCAGUAUCAUAUUCUAUUUCUUGUAAUUUUCCAUAUAUUCUUGAUAUUGCGCAAUCGGGGCAGCACCGCAAUAGGAUAUUUGUUGCAAAGAUGAGGGGAAGCAGUCAAGAAAACAAUACCCAUUUGGGGGUUAAAGGGAAACCCAUUUUGAGGAAGAGGGGGAGGAGGUUUUCUUUGAGAUUGAGGCCGAGAUUGCGUUUGCUUUCAAUGAGUUUGAAAAAGAUAUCGAUACGGGAUUCUAUGGAUGAUAUUGUGGUAUUGUUGAGUAGGAAUUCGAAAAAAGUCACUGUUUCAGCCGCAGCAUCUUUUGCUCUUGGGCUCAUUUUCUUGUUCCUUAAGUUCACUGCAGUUCCUGCUUCAAAGAUGGUUCCUUAUUCGGAUUUGAUAUUGAAUCUUAGGAGUGGACUUGUAAACACAGUUCUAUUUGAAGAGGGUUCUCGUAGAAUCUUCUAUAAUGUUGUCCCGGAUGGUCAUGAAGAUUCAAAGAAAGAAAAUGAUGAAUCAGUUGCAACUGAUGUUUCAAUUAGAGCCACGUCUAAACCUUCAGCUUUGGUACUUUCGUCUAGUAAGAAAACUGCCAGUGCAGCUCCAAAAUGGGAAUAUGUUGCAAGAAAGAUUGACCAUGAUGAGAAGUUUUUACUUGGUUUGAUGAGGGAGAAAGGGACAACAUAUAGCUCUGCACCUCAAUCUGUUCUGAUGUCAAUGAGGAACAUUUUGAUUACGAUAAUUUCUCUGUGGAUUCCGUUAGUGCCUUUGAUGUGGUUGCUUUACCGUCAGCUUUCUGCUGCUAAUACUCCUGCAAAGAAGCGCCGACCUACUAAUCAGAAGGUUAAUUUUGAUGACGUGGAGGGUGUUGAUGCUGCUAAGGAAGAGCUUAUGGAGAUAGUUUCGUGUUUACAAGGAUCGAUAGAAUAUCACAAGUUAGGAGCAAAGUUACCAAGAGGUGUUCUGCUUGUGGGUCCUCCUGGAACAGGAAAGACAUUACUAGCACGGGCAGUAGCUGGAGAAGCUGGAGUUCCUUUCUUCUCUGUUUCUGCAAGUGAGUUUGUGGAGAUGUUUGUUGGAAGAGGAGCAGCACGCAUUAGAGACCUUUUUAAUGUUGCAAAAAAAUGUUCUCCAUCAAUAGUGUUUAUUGAUGAACUUGAUGCAGUGGGAGGCAAACGUGGUAGAAGUUUUAAUGAUGAACGUGAUCAAACACUAAACCAGUUGUUGACAGAAAUGGAUGGUUUUGAAUCCGACACAAAAGUUAUUGUAAUUGCGGCAACCAAUCGGCCUGAAGCAUUAGAUUCAGCUCUCUGUAGACCUGGUCGCUUCUCAAGGAAAGUUUUGGUCGGAGAACCAGAUUUUGAUGGACGGAGAAAGAUUUUGGCUGUGCAUAUAAGAAAUGUUCCUUUAGAGGAGGAACCUCAGAUAAUUUGUAAUCUUGUUGCUUCUCUAACUCCGGGAUUUGUUGGUGCUGACUUAGCCAACAUUGUUAAUGAGGCUGCUUUGCUGGCUGCUAGAAGAGGUGGUGAUGUAGUGAUUCGAGAAGACAUCAUGGAGGCGGUAGAAAGAGCAAAGUUUGGGAUUAAUUAUAAGCAAUCGACUCCAAGUUCCAUAAGCAAGGGUCUGGGAAAAACUUUUGCCCUGAUGCGCUACUUUAGUGGCGAAAGAGUGGAAUGA